AUGGACUCCCUCUUUAACGCUGUCACGGGCAUAUUCCAGGGCCUGCCUGACCAAUUGAACUAUGAUACAGGAAUGAUCGGUCAAGUUCUCAGUUUGGGCCAUGCCGCUUAUGAAGCUCUCAAGAAAAAACACAUACUCAUCCUCAAGGCUCUGUUGACGAUUUUCACAAUUACAUGCGCGGCUGCAUCGUUGAAAUAUGCAAUUGACUCUGCACGACUGGCGCAUUAUCAACUUCUUCUCAGUGAGAGAGAGUUUUGCGAGGCACAUCCCCAAUACCGCGAAGAGGGUCGUUGUCAGGAUAUCCUAGCUGGUGACUUGCCAAUCAGGACAGGUGGAUGUAGUGGUUUCGAGACCCACGUCGAACGAAUAUUUUCUAUUUUCGGCCCCUACAAACAAGAGUAUUCUCAAUGUUACGAGCAUGUUUUCGGGACAGCUCCUUGGUGGCAUAGCCGCAGAGGGCUGUAUAAGAUGGGUCUUCUUCGCCCAAUCUUCUGGAGAUUCCCCGAUGUAUAUUUCAUAGCGUUCUAUUUGAGGGGGCUUGUUGGAUACUUUUGGUUCCUGAUAGGUUCCAUCCGUUUUCUGUUUCAAAAGAAGCGAAGCAAUGGGAGAAGGAUUACCCUUGGUAUGUUGUACUUUUUCAUAUUUGUAUUGCCGCAGAUGCUCUCCUGGCUGCUUCUCAGAGCUGAGCACAAGAGUGAGAAAGCUCCGUUCAAGGUGACCUACGAAGUCACAGCCAACAGCCUGAAGAAAUCCAUCUCCUCUGACUAUCUUAUCCUCGCGAUCCCGUACACUGUGCAGCGAACAAUUGCAAAGUCCAAGCCCUUUAUUCCCAUGCAGGAAAUGGCAGUUCGAGACGUUCGUUACGUUGAAGUAACCAAGAUUCUUCUUCAGUACAAGAAGAGAUGGUGGGAAGAGGUCUUCACUAAGCACGGCCAAGGUCUAAACGGUGGUCUCCCCAGCGACCUUCCUAUCCGUUACACCAUGUUCCCCAAGACAAAAGACAACACUCAGUUCAAACAUUCAAACCGCGGUGUCAUCAUGGCAGCAUACACUUUCGAGCAGGAUGCCACUAUCCUCGGAUCUCUCUCCCCAGACCGCCGAAUUCAAAUCGCCGCUGAGAACCUGAACAGGAUCUUCCCCGGAGCCAAGUCGCUAGACUUGCUCGAAGCUUGGGCAUCUCAGGUCUUCCCAGCGGAUGAACUGGCUGGCGGAAGCGCAUUUUGCUACUUCCGUCCGAUGCAGAAGACCAAGUUCUUGGAUACCAUGCAGAAGCCUGAUUGGGAGAAUAGGGUAUUCUUUGCGGGUGAGCAGGCUAGCUUUACUCAUGGAUGGAUCCAGGGCGCUUUUGAAGCUGGGCUCGAUGUGUUCAGCAAAUCUGGUCUGUUGCUAUUGAGGACUCAAGCCUGGGAGGAGCCAGCACAGUUUUUGCAAAACAAGGCAGACUGCUAG